AUGCCAAACUAUUCGAUUCAAACACUAAAGAUGAUAAUUGCGGCUACCAUGACACUACACAACUAUGUCCUCCUCCAUGACAAAGAGGAUAUCCACUUUCUUCGGUGUGAGAGGGAUCCGGAUUAUGUCCCAACUAUUCCAGAGAGAUACAAGAAGUAUGUUAUUCCUCCAAAUGCCUCGGGUUCUUCAACACCGUCAGAAAGUGGUCCUAACAUGGAUUUGUUUAGACAUGAACUAGCUACCGCCAUUGCUCUUAGUUGGUGA